CUUGCGAACCAGGCGGGAAUUCCUCCAGGUGUGUACAACGUUAUUCCCUGUUCUAGAGCCAAGGCCAAGGACGUAGGGGAAGCUCUGUGUACUGAUCCACUGGUGUCCAAAAUUUCCUUUACUGGCUCAACAACAACAGGAAAGAUCCUGUUGCACCAUGCAGCAAACUCUGUGAAAAGGAUCUCCAUGGAACUGGGCGGCCUUGCUCCGUUCAUUGUGUUUGACAGUGCCAAUGUGGACCAGGCUGUAGCAGGGGCCAUGGCAUCUAAAUUUAGGAACAGUGGACAGACUUGUGUGUGCGCAAACCGAUUCUUGGUGCAACGGGGUAUCCAUGAUUCCUUUGUAAAAAAAUUUGCUGAAGCAAUAAAGAGAGACCUGCGUGUAGGGAAUGGAUUUGAGGAAGGAACUACUCAAGGCCCAUUAAUUAAUGAGAAAGCAGUAGAAAAGGUAGAGAAACAUGUGAGUGAUGCUGUUUCCAAAGGAGCCACUGUGGUGAUGGGCGGGAAGCGACACCAAUAUGGAAGAAAUUUCUUUGAGCCCACCCUGCUCAGCAAUGUCACCAAGGACAUGCUUUGUUCUCAUGAAGAGACUUUUGGGCCUCUGGCACCAGUUGUCAAGUUUGAUACAGAGGAAGAAGCUAUCGCGAUUGCAAACGCAACUGACGUUGGGUUAGCAGGUUAUUUUUACUCUCAAGACCCAGCCCAGAUCUGGAGAGUGGCAGAGCAGCUGGAAGUUGGCAUGGUUGGUGUUAAUGAAGGAAUGGUUUCCUCUGUGGAGUGCCCUUUUGGUGGGGUGAAGCAGUCUGGCCUUGGACGAGAGGGGUCCAAGUAUGGCAUUGAUGAGUAUCUAGAAAUCAAGUAUGUGUGUUAUGGAGGUUUGUAGGAAUCUUCACUUCUUUAAAAAAUAAAAAAGGAAGUUUACCUACGUAUAUGGGGACAUGCCAUCCAUUAUUUUAAAUAAACUAUUAGUUUAUAGAAAUUA